AUGGGUCAAAUAGCACAACAAUUAGCCUCGAGUUCUCAAGCACAAGGUGCUCUACCAAGUGAAAGUGUGACAAAUCCUAGAGAGCAUAAUAAUGUUAGUGUUAUGACAACGAGAAGCGGUAAAUCUCAUGAAGUCCUUGAGGAGAAAGCUGAAGAUGAAGAUCAAUUGCUUGAAGUAGAUCUUGAAAUCAAGGAAAAUGAAGUUGUGGGGGAAGAAUUGGUUGCACCUAAACAAGUGGUGAAAGAAAAAGUCAUUGAACCAAAACCAGUCAUUAAGCUUCCCUUUCCCGCCAGAAACAAGAAAAAGGGGAAACAUGAGAAAAACUUUGAGAAGUUCCUAGAGUUUUUCAAGAAGCUAGAAAUCAACAUUCCGCUUUUGGAAGCACUUGAACAAAUGCCUACCUAUGCCAAGUUCAUGAAGGACAUCAUUUCUAAGAGGCAUACCAUUGAUACCAACCCGAUUAUUCUAACCGAAACUUGUAGUGCUAUUUUGCAGGGUAUGAAAAUUCCAACGAAGAAGAAGGAUCGAGGAGCUGUCAUUAUCCCUUGCAUCAUCGGAGAUAGGUCAUUCAAAAAAGCUCUUACUGAUUUAGGAGCCAAUGUGAGUCUCAUGCCACUAUCCAUUUACAAGAAACUGGGUAUAAGGGCGGUGCAAGAUACCAUGAUGACACUUCAAUUCGCCGAUCGUCAAGUCAAGAAACCUUAUGGGAUAGUUGAAGAUGUUCUAGUGAAGAUUGAAAAGUUUGUAUUCCCGGUGGAUUUCGUGAUUCUAGAAAUGCCUAAGGAUGAAGAAAUUCCUCUCAUUCUUGGGAGACCCUUUUUAGAGACUGGAAGAUGCUUGAUCAACAUAGAGGAAGGUACUAUGACUUUGAAGGUUUAUGAUGAGGAAUUAAAAAUUGAUGUUCGAAACACCAUGAAAUACAAAGAUGAUAUUGACACUAGUCAUACAAUAAAGGUUCUAGAUCAAGUGAUUACUUAUGAUAGUCCUUUGAAUGCACCGCAGUUACCUUUGGAAAGAGUGUUGAGUUUGUCCAUUUUUUACGGUGAUAAGGAAGUGGACAACGGAGAAUCAGAAGUGUUGGCCAUGAUGAACGUACAACCCCCUUGGAAAGGAUUUCGACCAUACCGAUGGGAAGAUUUACGACUAUCUCAAUCAUGUGAGGAGAAUAAAGAGUCCAAUAAGGGGACGGAGUUAAAACAACUUCUCGAGAAUCUCAAAUAUGUCUUCCUCAAUUAUGAAGCCAAACCGCUGACCACUCUAUUAGUCAAGGAUAAGACUUUUGUGUUCGAUGAAGAAUGUGCCACAACUUUUGAGACGUUAAAAAACAAAUUAGUAUCAGCACCAAUUGUAAUUUCCCCAUAUUGGUCUCUCCCGUUUGAGAUCAUGUGUGAUGCUAGUGAUAUUGCUGUAGGGGAAGUUCUAGGACAGCGGUUCUACUUGUGGGAUGACCCAUUCCUGUACAAGAGAGGAGUAUAUGGGCUAGCCAGAAGAUGCGUCUCGGAGGAGGAACAAGGGGAUGUGCUUAGAGCUUAUCAUGACUCAGAUUAUGGAGGAUAUUUUAGUGGUGAUAGAGCAGCAGCUAAAGUCCUUUAG